AACGUGUACGGCUGCCCGCUGGUCGACACAACGACAUCGUGUUCGUACGUGCGUUUGUCGUCCCAUUAGCAGCGGCGCGCGUUAUCCGGGAAUUAAUAGAUAACGGGCCGCCGAUAACCCUGAUCGUCUGUCACGACACGCGACGACGCUCCGCGACGGGACGACGGAGACCGGCCGAGAAUAAGAAGAGGAGGAGGCGAGGUCUGUUUACGUGUGCCGACGGCGGUGCCGGGGCGGUGGUGUGCACGAGGAGGAACCGGUGGGUGGCCAAAAGGUCGCGGCCCCGUCAUUGAUACGGUCGCAGAGAGAGCGCACUUUGGACCAAUUCCUCCGCUACGGCUAACUCGAAUAAACUCAGGGGAACGCGGCAUCGUUACUUCAGUGCUACUUCGGCCACGCACCGCGGCACACUCACACGAUCUGCGACUUCUUCUUCUUCUUCUUCAUCAUCAUCAUCAUCUUCUUCUAUUACUGCUAUCACCGAUACCGAUACUAGUGCCAUCGCUAGAACCAACGCUAGAGACAACACUAGAGCCAACACUAAAACUAUAUUACCGAGACUGCUAUCACCGCAUCCCUAUCAGGACCACUCUCCUCCUGUCUUUUCUUUUUUUUGUGCCGCUUGUUACUCCUACCUUGCGAUCGAUCCCGCGUUGACUCGCGACAAGCAUCGAAAAGAAUUGGCACGCGAAUCGGCGCACACCCGGACCACAUAAUCGUCGGGACGACAUACACACACACCGUGGACAGAGACGGUCCGAGUGGACAGAGAACCACGCGACGCUCCCCGGUAGAACAAGAAUCGACUAGCGAUCCGACCCGGUUCGCGCGGAUCUCCUUCGACUUCGGCUCCGCUUUGCGCACGUGAUCGCACGUGACACACGCGACACGGUUAAGCAGUCGUUGCUGAACCGGUGGGCCGCGCGUGCAGAUCGGCCGCCACGGAAAGAGGAAGAGAGGACACGGAGUCGAGCGUCACCGCCGCACGCCGGUGGUGGUCACCGUCAAUCACGGACCGACUGAUAGACGAUCUGAAACUCGCGGAAAUGUCUACAGAGCCGGGCAGCUUCUCCUCCAACGGGAGCAUGAUCGUUGUGAGCAACAGGUUGCCGUUCGUGCUGAAGAGGAACGAGUUGAGCGGCCAGCUGGAGCGCAAGGCCAGUGCCGGAGGUCUCGUAACUGCGGUAGCACCAGUAGUAAUCAGCGGAAAUGGCGUCUGGGUGGGAUGGCCGGGGAUGCAUAUGGAGAACCCUAAUGAGCCGAUUCCCGAGUCCGAUCCUAACGAUCGCACGCCGACAGCAGGCUUGUUGUCCCGCAAGGUGGUAGCGGUGCACGUGGAGCCGACGAUCUUCGACUCGUACUACAACGGUUGCUGCAAUGGCACGUUCUGGCCACUGUUCCAUUCUAUGCCCGACAGGGCGACCUUCAUCGCGGAACAUUGGCGCGCGUAUUCCAGGGUCAACGAGGAAUUCGCCGCGAAGACCGUCGCGGCGCUCAAGCAGAUCCACAAGGAGCAAGAAAAUCAAUCGAACGGUACGCCGUUGGUCUGGGUGCACGACUAUCAUUUGAUGCUGGCCGCCAACUGGAUUCGGCAAGCCGCCGACGAGAAUAAUCUCAGGUUAAAGUUGGGAUUCUUCCUCCACAUCCCUUUCCCGCCAUGGGACAUAUUCAGGCUGUUCCCAUGGGCUGAUGAAAUCCUCCAGGGAAUGCUGGGUUGCGACAUGGUCGGUUUUCACAUUCGGGACUAUUGUCUGAACUUCGUCGAGUGCUGCCAGAGAAGUCUCGGCUGCAGGGUCGACCGCAAGAACCUGUUGGUGGAGCACGGUGGCCGAACCGUGCGUGUCCGACCGCUUCCAAUUGGUAUUCCCUUCGACAGGUUCGUCUCGCUGGCCGAGACCGCCAAUAAAGUUAUGCUGACUAAUCAGAAGAUCGUGUUAGGCGUCGAUCGUCUGGACUACACGAAGGGACUGGUCCACAGACUGAAGGCUUUCGAGAUGCUGCUGGAGAAACACCCCGAGCAUCGUGAACAGGUAACCAUGCUCCAAAUCGCCGUGCCAUCGAGGACAGACGUACGCGAGUACCAGGACCUGAAACUGGACAUGGACCAGCUGAUAGGUCGUAUCAAUGGCCAAUUCACGACUCCGAAUUGGUCACCGAUUCGCUACAUUUACGGCUGCGUCAGCCAGAAUGAACUGGCAGCGUUCUACAGGGAUGCUGCUGUCGCCCUGGUCACACCGCUCAGGGAUGGCAUGAACCUGGUAGCCAAAGAGUUCGUCGCUUGCCAGAUCAAUACACCUCCGGGUGUGUUGAUCGUCUCUCCGUUCGCUGGUGCUGGGGAAAUGAUGCACGAGGCCUUGAUCUGCAACCCUUAUGAGAUCGACGAAGCGGCAGAAGUUAUACACAGAGCACUUACUAUGCCUGAAGACGAGCGCACGUUAAGGAUGAACUACCUGCGACGUCGUGAGAGAAUCUACGACGUUAAUUAUUGGAUGAAGUCGUUCCUGCAGGUGAUGGGUUCGUUGGAAGAACGUGACUCCGUUGGUGCAACGACGAUGCAACCCGUGACCAUGGACGAUUUCGACGAUUACUUGAGCAAGUCCCCUAGGUAUAUCGGCGACAACCAUAAGCUGGCCCUGCUGCUGGAUUACGACGGUACCCUGGCGCCUAUCGCUACUCACCCAGACCUCGCUAUUUUACCUCUAGAAACCAAAAACGUCUUGCAGAGGCUCUCUAAUAUGUCUGACGUGUACAUAGCGAUCAUAUCAGGUAGAAACGUGAACAACGUUAAAUCGAUGGUCGGCAUCGAGGGCAUCACCUAUGCUGGGAACCACGGAUUGGAGAUCCUACAUCCGGACGGUAGCAAAUUCGUUCAUCCGGUGCCUGGUGAACUCGAGGGGAAGGUGGCAAACCUGAUGCAAACUUUGCAGGAGCAAUUGUGUAAGGCUGGCGCCUGGGUGGAAAACAAGGGUGCCCUUUUGACGUAUCACUACCGCGAGACGCCCAUGGAACUUCGUACAUCAAUGGUUGAGCAGGCGAAGAAGAUCAUCGAGGAUGCUGGCUUCAAGGCUGGUCUUGCACACUGCGCCAUCGAGGCCAAGCCACCGGUAGAGUGGAACAAGGGCCACGCUUCCAUCUACAUCUUGCGUACAGCCUUCGGGUUAGACUGGAGCGAGCGUAUCAGGAUCAUCUAUGCUGGUGAUGAUGUCACCGAUGAAGACGCUAUGAAGGCGUUGAAAGGUAUGGCAGCCACAUUCCGAGUGGCCUCGUCGCACAUCAUCCGCACAUCGGCCGAGCGACGUUUGCCAAGCACGGACUCCGUAUUGACCAUGCUGAAGUGGGUGGAGAGACACUUGAGCAGACGCAAACCCCGCAGUAGCUGCGCCGAUAUUCCAUCGAGAUUCCGCCGCAGCAGCGCUGGAAUCACCAUGGAGAUGUCCUAUACACCAACGAACGCGGUUCUAGAAUCGUAGGUGACGCCGUAACAUUCUUUCAUAGCACAACUGCGUGUCUCUGCGAGAGAAGACACGCGUGCGUCACAGGCUUUUAAUGUACUGGUAGAGUAAGACCAAGCAAGCGAGAGGAAAGAAGGGAUCGCAAGUGGGUCGUAGGGAAUCUCUGUCGCAGGUAGCGUAAAUUAAUAAUUCAGACUGCGUUUGCGGGACCGCUGAAGAGUUAAAUAGGAGAGUCGAAUGGUUCUUUCCUGGCCGUACCUUGAAUCGAACGAGAGCAACUCACUUCCGGGAACCUUGGGUCUUGAGGAUUCCAAUCCAGGAGCACAAGCCGAGGGACCGAUCUUCUCCCGUUGCGUUUUUAAUCGACCGUUUGAACCUUUCGAACGAUAUGUAUAUCUCCGGUAAUCGUCGAUGUAGCUUUAAAUCCAAAUCUGCACGGGGAAUAUGCGAAUGAAUAUUCACGUGUUGCUAAAUUUUUCUCCAUCAAAUAAACGCAUGGUCUUCACGUUCCUCUACCACUCGCUGUAAUCGUUGCUUUGUCCAGUGGCGGACUCACUUCCGGCGUAACCGCCGGAAGCCGUAGUACUUAGCUAUUAGUUUUAGACAAAGAGUCGCUCAAAGUAACGGAACAAUCUCGAUAAACGCGUUCCUUAGAAGCUGUUUUCAAACCGUUUGUUUUAUUUUACUUUUUCUUUUUGUACGAAGUUAUACAAUUGUUGAACCAGACACCGACGCAAGUUCUUCAAGUACCGAACGACUGUAUUCGUUUUCGUUCUUAUCCGCCUGUGAUGGCGGAUCGUAUUGGAUUCUUCGAAAUUCGAUAUCUCCAGAUUCGUCGAAUAGCAAAUCAUUGUACAUGUGAAAAUUAUUCUUCGAUCGCCGAAACGUUUCAUCGGAUUCGUAUACCUUUUUAUAUAACAUCGGUAGAAUUUUGUUAUGUUGCUGUAUUUAUAUUACUCAACGAUAUACAAGUCGAUGAUAGCGCUGGUAAUAUAUUGUAAUGUUAAUAUAUCUAUAUUACACACCCACACACACGUGCGCGCCGAUGUAUACAUACAUUCGUUGUUGAGAAGUGAAACAUUUUACGUUUGGUAACUCAGUUGGUCUUUAGUUCUGUAGAUUUCUUUUAGUUUCUAAAAAUUACCCGUUGAUGAUAAAAUUGUCGUGUAAAGAACAGUGCCAAUUGGAAUGAUCACGAGAUGCGAUGCGCAUUGAUCAUUCGCAGAAUGAAGAUUGACACAUGAAAAAGUUCUAGCGUAGACACACGAUUUCUUUAAUUUCUUUAAUCUUUUCGUGUAAAAAGACACAUUUGAUGACUAGGUUACUUACCUAUUAACAAGCGUUAAUUCGUCGGUGCACAGUUUAAGUAAGAUAUCCAGUUUCUUGUCAUUAAAAUCCCAGAAAUAUUAUGUUAUUCCUGUGAUUGUCCUUUUCAUGCGACCUAUAUGAGUCAGACUUACACAAACACAAGCGCGAACACGAUCUUAUCGAAGGGACAAUUAUGUUGAAACACGGACAAAUUUUACACAUUUUUCUAAGUAGAAUAAGUCGCUUGUAAGGAUCUAUUCCAUGUGUUUAUCACAACUCUUGAUGGUGCGUGACGAAAACUAAAAUGGAUAUAUUUUCCAUCGAUAUAUUUUCUGGAUCGAAUUUCAUCAAUGAUAUCAGAGAGUUCAGAAUAGAUCUUAAAGAAAAUCUUUGAGUUAUGUUGAAAUAAAAUGGCCGUCCCUAUGCGUACGUAUAACGAGCAUGGCCCUAUCCUGAGUGAAAUAUAUAGCGAUGAAAGAAAGAAGAUGAAGAUUUUCUUGAACGUGAAUUUUUCUAUGGGUCAUUUUAUUGCGACUGAUGUAUAUAGAUUAACAAUAUAUCAACCACUGCAACAGCCAAUGAACGGUAAACGUACAACUGGUUAUUAAAUGUUUUUAGAGAAGAAUGAUAGUUACAGCAGCCGAAAGUGUUGUGUUUCACGACGAAGCUGUCUUCACUGUCAUUAGAUUUGUUUCGAGCUUCUUCGUUGCGUGCUCAUAAGUGUCCAUAGUUGUGCAUAGUAACUCGCAGACCGAUUCAAAUAUUCGAAACUGUAAUCACGCUGCUGAUCCGUAUGCAAACUCCCAUUUUACGAAAUUGUGACAAAACCUUUAUGUUAAAAGUAAAAUAUAUGUGUCAUUGAUGUUCCUCAAAGUUUUGUCAUAAAGAUCUUUUGCAUACAUAUCUGCAGUUCCGUGAUAAAGCUCUAAUUUUCAAUUCUGACUCAUGUCAAAACUUAUAUGCUUCAGGUAAGAAGAUGAAAUUCUCUACAAAAUAAAGCUGCGAGUCACUGUAUAUAACACCGAAUAUACGUUCACAAAACCUAAGCACGUAUAUAUACGUGGAGUGUCCCAAUCUACAGUUACACAAACGAGAGAUUUAUUGCGGUGCAUAUAUGUAUAUACGUGUAUUUUUAUAUGUAGAAACUUUUGAAUCCAAUACAAAGAAAGAUGUAACGAGAGAAGACAAAUUAUUAUACACUAACAGACGCAAGAGAAAUGUUAACAAGUUCUGUGUCCCCUGGGGUUACCAAAUUCCAAUCGAAAAGAAAACAUUAAGUCAUCAAAAAUUAGAAAGCUCAAUAAGUUAAAUAAUGGGAAAGUAUAAAAUGCGACAGAAUUAAAUAGGAAACUAAUUUAUUUACGAUUCCGUAUAUAUCGUAUACAUACAGCUUUGUAUAUUCUACUCAUAGUACUAACAAUAAGUUAAGAAGAUCGUUCACCUAAUCGAACAAAUGCUUCCAACAUGAGCCAUCCCGCGCCACAGAACAUGUUAAAUAUCGCUAUAAUGAACGUGAACAACUCGUUCCUGUCCGGGACAACUGUUUCUACGAUUAUGGUUACGUGUGUUGUAAUCUGAUAAACAAAACGAGCUGGUCGAAGUAAUUGGAGAUACUUUUACGAAUUCGCGUCCGUUCCAUUUUUUAAGGAAUCGAAGAAGCGAGUUAUCAUUACCCCGACGUCGAUUACAGAACAAUCGAUUUGAAAUGUUUUCGAUGUAAACAAUUGUACAAUUGAUAAAAAGUAAACUUUGAUUUGCCUCCGAUCUCGUUUGCGAAGUACUCCGUUCGUUUGCGAAAAAAAGUACUUGUGUUCGUAGAAUUCUAGGAUUAUUUCCAGUGGCUUGACCUGCGGGAAGAAGGUCUGCUCCCCACCAAUCCAAUCUCGUAUUUUCAUCUUGGUAUCCAUUAGUCAAUUAUUCUUAUUGCUAGUCAAUAUAUAAGAAGCGAGAACUCGGAAGUCGAGCGACGCUACGAGCGUAGUGUUGUGAUACGUCGAAAUGGCGAAAAAAAAAGUGAGUUAGAGUAAAUGUAGAACGGUAUACGAUGUCAUAUCUCUUAACUGAAAGUAUGGAAAACGUAUGUGUGUAUACAGUGCACGUAUGUGUGCAACAGUUACACGUGCUGUAUAUGUAUGCAUACAUAGAGUGUCUUAUAAUGUGCCUGUAACGAAGUCCCAACACAAAUUGUAGCAAAAUAAUGAAAAACGAUCUAAAAAAAGAGAAAGGAAAGGAGAAGAUGGAACCAAGAAGAAUUUGUUAAAUGAAUUCGUCUACGUUUUUGUAUGAGUACUUAGUUUUUACCUCGAUAUACAUUAAGCGAGACAAGUGAACGAUAUUUAUGUAUAUGUGUAUAAACCCGCAGCAGCAGACGUAGGACGACGACACGUAGGGACACCGAACGAAGCAAGAUUUUUCAAUCAAAAGUCCGAAAAAACAAAAAAUAUAUAUGUAUAUAUAAAUAUUGUAUUAUUGUAUAUACGUAUACAAGUGUAGAUACUGUCCUCGUGGUUGUAAACGGAAAUUAAAAAUGGAAACAGAACUGCAAAAAUAAACACCGUUUAUAAAUUG